GUCGUCAGUCCACUUCCUCAUGAAUCUGAACCGUUCCCUCCGGGCUUCGUGAUCGAGACAAUAUGGAAAGCCGCGGAUUAACCCUCCGCAGCAAAUCCCGCCGUCCCCGGCCCCAGAUCAGUGCGCCGAAACCGAUAUCCGGGCCUCUCCCUCCUGGUAGUAAAGCCGUCGACCCGAGGACCGCUACGUCAACCUCCACUUCACGCGAACGCGCUCCUCAAAAAGAUGCAACCUCCGAUUUGGUGAAGAGGAGAUAUUCCACCCGGUUCAAUCAAGCUCCCGAUCUUGACUCCGCAAACGCACCACCGGUGCCCGGGGUGCCUACAGUUCCGUCUCAGUAUACGGCGCUGAGUCCACCUCAGUCGACCAGCAGACGCCCUUCGACAGAAUCCUCGGGUCCACCCCAAGUGGAUCUAAAUGCUUUACGGGACCCUAGCCUACCGGUAGAUAGAUAUGUCGCCAACCUUCUUGCCAAUGCAACCGAGGAAGAGAUCGAAGAGUACCAGAGAAGCCUAAAAAAGGUUAAGAAUAGGACAUCCACCGACCUCCAGCAAAAUGUCUAUCAGAAUCGCACACAAUUCAUCAAGAUCAGUAAAGAAGCGGAGAAGCUCAAGGGAGAGAUGCGCACUCUCCGCACUCUUAUGGCAGAGCUCACAACAGCUUUGGGACAAACAGCGACCGUUGGAAACAAUCAAAACCCCAUGUCUCCGACAUUAGACGAGCGCAUAACCAAGCGAAACAAUCGCAGUUCCGUUGCCAAUCUGGAGAGCAUGUGGAAUGUUCAGCUGCAAACCCUGUGGAAGACCGUCGAAGGAUCGCAGAAGUUCCUACCGGUGGUACCAGGUCGGCACAUCGUGUUGGAGACGGGAAACUGGGUCGAGCUGGACUCUGCGACUUGGAAGCCCCGACGGCCGGUUCACAUCGUUCUUCUCAACGACCACCUGCUUGUAGCGGCUAAAAAGCGAAAGCGUGUGGAUCAGAGCAACCCGAACCACCAGGGCCCGGUGCCCACCAAGCUCGUAGCGGAAGAGUGCUGGCCCCUGGAAGAUGUCGACAUGAUUGACCUUGGUGCCAAUCUUGGCCCGGGGGUCUCCCGUGAAGAAGCGGAAGACCGUGGUAUCAUGAACGCCGUGAGUGUCCGUGUGGGCUCCAAACCCUUCACCUAUCGCCACGAUAAGCGAAAUGGCUCCGCUAAGAUCGACCUUCUCGCGACAUUCCGGAAAACCGUAGAAGACCUUCGCCGGACGCUGCGUUCCGAAACGGAGACCGCAAGCAAGAACGAGUCAUUCGGGUAUCUGGGAGUAAGACAGUCAUCGUACUCCAUGGUAAAACCAGAUUUCAGCGCCUUGGAAACCCAGCGUGAGGCACCCGAAGUCCGUAUCGACGUAGACGGAAAGCAGCAAAACCUACGAUGGGUCGAAGGCCAGGUAGACGAACUGGACAUCGAUAUCGCGCUUCAGCGCUUCGAAGAAGCCGUCUUGAACAUCGAGCGGCUGCGGAAACUCGCCAAAGGCCUGAAAGGCAACUCGAUCGCGCAGGACGUGAUCAAUUCUAAAGUGGACGAGCGAGCCGCCAAAUUGGCAGGGGUACUGUCGCGAUCCUUAAUCGACACGCCCUCGUUUCUAAACGCCACCAAGACCAAGGUCUCCUGUCUGACCCGCUUGGGUUUUGAAAAUCAAGCCCGGGAGGCCUAUUUGAAAUGCCGAUCCGACGUGAUCACUAAACGAAUCAGAGCCUGUGUCUUCGAAGGCGACCUCCCUCUAUACAUCUUCCAAAUCUCCUACGUCUACUUCACCCUCAUCAAAAACACCGUCAGCAUCUACCAACAAUGCUUCCCAGCCAUCAUGACCAGCGCCUGCAUCAAAUGGGCCAAACACCACCUAGACGGAUUCAACGCCCUCCUCACACGUCAGCUAAGCAGCGUCCAGCGCGGCACGACCGUCUGGAAGAAGUGUAUCGACAUCGUGCACGAACAUGCCGACCUACUCACGGAAGUCGGGAUUGACUUCGCCGACCUCGUAGCUAAGGGACUGGAAUCGGAUGAGGUAGAGAAAGUCGAAAAGCCGAAGAUGACUCGCUCGGAGGCGCUGAUCUCGGGAUUGGCGGAUGCGGCGAAGGCUUAAUUGCCAUUUCUCGCUAGCUUGCUUGGGAUGCAUGCAUGUAUGAUGAUAGUGGCUUGUUUGAACUAUAUAUCCUUCUUGUCCUUUAAAUAGUUUUUGUUCUGAGCGAGCGUCGUUGAUCGAAUGCUACUGUUGUUGGAUAUGA